UGUGUUUCUGGUGGUCGCUGGUGGAUUAGCGCUACUGGGAUGUUAGCUUUAGCAUUACUCUGAUCUCUGGUACUAAUCCCACGCUGCACUGCUGCUGCUGCACGACAUGAACGAUCAUGGGGGCGAUGCAGAGGAGGGAUGGAUGGAGGAUCAGUGGGAGAAAUGGCUGACCCAUGACAUCAGUCUGGAUGAGUUUGAGGAUGAGGACCUAUCAGAAAUCACAGAGAUCAAGGACGAGCGAGGACUCAGUCUCAACUGCAACGGUCUCGACAUCAAGGGUCACGUGACACGGCCGUCCAACAGAAUGGCUCGGAGUGUGGAGCUGGGAGCUGUGGGGCGUGUCCGCUCGGAGAUGCUUCACUUGGAGCUGAUUGACGAAGCAGAGGGAGCUCACACCGGUGAUACACAAUCCGCCGCAACACACUCCAGGGAUACGCACAACACAGAUACUCGUACCAAGGAUACACGCAACAGGGAUAAACACACCACACACACCAUGGACACGUACCGGCCCAAACGGCCCACCACCCUCAACCUGUUUCCACAGGUGCCACGCACACAGGACUCACUGAACAACAACUCGUCUGGAAAGAAGUACAGCUGGCAGGAGAAAGUUUCCCACUCGUCCUCGCCGCAGAAAACAGGUGACCUCACGCCACCUCGUGAGCACAUCUGCCUGAGCGACGAGGAUAAAAUCAAAACACACACGAAAGACUGCGGCACGUCGACGGACGCGCCCACCAAACGUCCCGCCCCUUCCAAAGCAGUCCCGCCCGCCGCUCAAUGUUCAGCCCCGCCCAACAAAUCCAGCACAUGCGAGCAGGCGGGGCAUCGUGACCGCGUCCACUAUCACACCAAUGUGUGCGUGGAGGCCACCGAGGAGAUCUACCUGACCCCUGACAGACCGGGCUGCACGGCGACCGCCAACGACUGCGAGGCUCCGCCCCCUUACCAUCCUCCGCUUUACGGUAUGGAAAAGACGUCUGCACCGAUCAUGGAGGACGAGAAGGAGGAGCCGCCGCCGUCCUACGCUUCCUGUAUCGCCGCGUCCGCGUCACUCGACCUGAGGAGCAGAAGGAAAAAACACAGCAAAGCAAGAAGCGAGUCCAGAAGGGGAGGACGCAAAGACGAGGCAGCGCACGAGGAAGAAGAGGAAGAAUGUCGGAUUUCCUGUAACGGCCUCUCGUACGAUUCGGUGAAAUACACCCUGGUGGUGGACGAGGACGCACAGCUGGAGCUGGUCAGUCUGAAAGAGUGUUUCCGCAGCUACAGCGACGACAGCGACACGGCCACCGUCUACGAUAACUGCGUCUCAUCACCGUACGGGGAGGAAUACGAGGACGAGGACGAGGAAGAAGUGGGUGGAGCCAGAGGAAAGAGAGUGGGCGGGGCGAGGCGAGAGGCCACCGCCUGUCUGUCGGAGGACUCCGCCUGUCUGUCGGAGGACUCCACACCGGAAGCGGAUAUUCCGUUCUCUAGAAAGUUCCUCAACGUCUUCCUGAACGGACACUCCCGAUCCUCCAGUGCCGAGUCGUUCGGUUUGUUUUCGUGUCUUGUUAACGGAGAGGAACGAGAUCAGAGUCACCGAGCCGUCUACAGGUUCAUCCCUCGUCAUGAGGACGAGUUGGAGCUGGAGGUGGACGAUCCGAUAUUGGUGGAGGUUCAGGCGGAGGAUUUUUGGUAUGAAGGGUUCAACAUGCGCACCGGAGCCAGAGGGAUCUUCCCGGCUUACUACGCCGUCGAAGUGACCAAGUGUGAGACUGAGCAAGUUAAAAGAGUGAGGAGCGCAGACUGGGUGGAGAUGUUCAGAUUAAAAUUCCUCGGGUCUGUUCAGGUGCCCUAUCAUAAAGGAAACGAGGUCCUGUGUGCCGCCAUGCAGAAGGUUGCCAAUAACAGGAGGAUGACUUUGCAUUAUAACCCUCCUUCAUCUUGUACCCUGGAAAUCAACGUGAAAGGAGUGAAACUGGUCGUGCAGGAUGAAUACGGAGCCUUUGAUCUGAGUGAUCAAUGCAGCCACUUCUUCCAGCUGAAGAACAUCUCGUUUUGUGGGUACCAUCCCAAAAACAACAAAUACUUUGGCUUCAUCACGAAACAUCCAGCCGAUCAGAGAUUCGCCUGCCACGUGUUUGUGUCCGAAAAUUCCACGAAACCCCUGGCAGAAGCAAUAGGCAACGCGUUCCAGCUGUAUUAUAAACAAUUCGUGGAGUUCUCAUGCCCAACAGAGGACAUCUAUCUGGAAUAAACACUCCCCUCCAGAUGUGUGUACAGCUGUACAGAAGUGUAUAUUAGAACUGCAGUAACAUAAUGACGAAACUAACGCAACCAACUGAUCAUAGCGAUGCACAGGGCUCAUCACGCUGCUCAUCACGCUGCCUCAUUUCUAAAGUUCAUACCGGGACAGAAGAGAUGGAAGCGAGGUCGAGGACAGUACUGGAUUUCUCUCAUUCACUCACUCAUAUGGGACUGUAUCUUCACUCCCCCUGUAACUCCUGAGAUUUGGAAUUAAAUGCUCCACAUGGUCACGUCAGGCUCAUUUUGAAAUGUGGAAACAAUCUUGCACAUCAUUGUUUGCAAAAAUGAAAAGCAGAAUCCAACAUGAAAUUAGCCGCAUUUUUCAGACCGUCGGGAACAUUAUGUCGUCAUGCAGUGUUUACGGUAGUCGUCCUACUUCAGCGGUUACGGUAAGGUCAUUGAACGCUGCUAGCUUGCUGUUAGCACAACAUUAAAAAUCUCAAAGCUGCACCAGCAAUAAUAAGUAUUAAACGAACAGCAAAGAUGGGCUGGAUUUUUAUAGGAAUAAAACUUCUUGGAACUUAUACAUGGAAUUACUGCAACUAUGGUGUAAAGAACCCAAACCCUGGACCCCUAUGCAAUCUGAAAAUCUGAAUUUAGUUUUCCGCAGAUUUCAGAAUCUAUGUUUAAAAAAAAGCCAAACGAUAAUUUCCAUUCAUUAUUUUUAAGUAUGUUGGAGGAUCAAUAAUGGUAUAAGCCAUAACUCAGAAUAAGGGGAACCUUUAAGUCCUAUCGUUGGUCUUGCUAACAAAUUUAAGGUCAGAUGGGAAAAGGCGCCCAGUGUGAACCCUAAAUCAGCCCUAAUGGGACAAACAGUCAGUUCAUCUUCACCAGCAGGGGGGGGGUUGUAGUUCCAGGAGUCCUGGGUUGUUUCCGUUGCUUCUUUGUCUUGUUAAGCACUGUUAUUAUUUAUUUAUUUUAUUUAUUUAUUUAUUUAUCUGCAGCAGAUCUUGUUUAUCCCGACAAGAAUAGUAAACAACACAACCAUGUGGACGCCCCUCCAGAUUUUUAAGUUUAGGUGUUUCAGUCACACCCAUUGCUAACAGGUGUAUCAAAUCAGUUGUAUAUAAUACAGUAGAUGCGUUACACUUUGUGGAACAGUUUAGGGAAGGUCCUUUCCAGUUCCAGCAUGCCUCUGCUCUUGUGCGCAAAACUAAGUUCGCAAUAACAUGGUUUCAUGAACGAGCCCUGACUACGAUUACACCGAACACCUUUGGGAUGAAUUAGAAUGUCAAUGGCGAGCCGGUUCUUUUCAUGUACCAUCAGUGCAUGAGCCUUUUUGACUUAAUAGGCACAAAUUCCCACUCACUGUCCCAAUUCCCAAGCUUUUCAUGGAGAGUGGAGGCUGUUAAUAUGGAACUAACUUUAUUUUAACGCCCAUGGUUCUGGAAUGAGGGUUCGACAUACGGGUAUGACUGACUGAAUGUCUGAUCAUCGUGCCCAGUGAUCCCGGGGAAAGCGGACCCGCCACGACCCUGACCAGGAUAAUGCACUGGUGAAACAUGAAAGCUCAAAUCACAAUAUUCAUUCAGUCAUUGUUUAUUUCCUGUGGUGCCUUUUUUAGCGCUCUUUGUGUGGGUAUCAUUUGUGGAAGUUCUCGAUAGUUUGGAUGCAGAUAUGAAACCAGCCGCUGAUUUUAUCGGUGUGGACAUUUCAGGGGCCCGAGGGAGACUCACAGGGCCGGCUUCGUCUCAUUAUAUACUGAUGAAGCAAAACAUGAAAGCACAGCAACGUGAGCCAUGAAAAAGUCCAUCGGUGCAUGAAAACCUGUUUAUUAAUCAUUAUUUAAACAGUUUAGGGAAUGGUUGAAUGAUAUUGUCUGUGAGUUGUAACCAUGCUUGUUUUCCUUGCCAAACGUUUGCACAGACUUUCCGUACCGUGAUUAUCGAGCCAAGCAGGCUCGCCGUGACCAGGGCUGAGAGGGUGUGUGAUGUACCCUGAUCUUUACAUGAUGCUGAUCUGUAAAACAGUGUAAUGUUCUAUGAACUGUGAACUGAAACAGAAAUUCUCUGAAUGUUUAUUGAUGUGUUACGAUUUGAUUUAUGAACACACAUCACGUCAUCUGUGCAUUUUAUUUUCAUGUUUUUUUUACUUUAUUAUUGUUAUUAUUUUUUAAUCGUCUCCCAAAAAGCAUCCAAACCAGCAGAACGUAAGAAGGACGAGUGGAUUUGACAGCCGGGCUGAAUUUAUUUUCAUUUUGUAAAAUGUGAAGAUAAUUUCUGAAAUGUAAAUUUUAUUCCGUAAUUAAAUAAUUCUAAGUCACGUCUCA